GAUGCAUAGUAAAAAAUGGUGCAAUUACAGUUCGGAGAUCCAAUUUCCAGUCUCUUUCAAACACGGACGGUGUGUGGACCUAGUAAAGCAGCAGUUGGCAGAAUGAAGUCCGAUUAGCUGGUAAUUAACCAGUAGAGAUAAUAAAGGCCAGCAAGAAGUGGGAAUACUUCUAUGAUGUUUGAAUGCAGCCAUGGUAUCCAGGAUCCUCCUCGUGAUCCUUCUACUGAAAUUGGUAGCCUCCUUCGACAAUGAGUUCAUCUUCCAUGGAUUCACCGAUGCAAACUUGAGCCUCAACGGCUUAGCUCAGAUCACCUCCAGCGGGCUUUUGAUGCUGACCAACAACACAAAGGCAGGACUGGGUCAUGCCUUCCACCCUGAGCUGCUCCAUUUCAAGAACUCUUCAAAUGGCGAGCCUCUUUCCUUCAGUACUACGUUUGUCUUUGCGAUGAUACCGGAGUAUCCAGAUGUCUGCGGCCAUGGCCUGGCUUUCGCUGUCUCCCCCUCGAAGGAGUUCGCUGGAGCUAUGCCCAGCCAGCAUCUCGGCCUCUUCAACACGACAGAUAAUGGAAACUCUAGCAAUCAUAUAUUUGCCAUCGAGCUCGACACUGUCAUGACCGUGGAUUUCCACGACAUCAAUGACAACCAUGUCGGCAUCGAUAUCAAUAACUUGAUAUCUGUGAAUUCAUCUCCUGUAUCAUAUUUUGACGGCAAGAGUGGUGGAUCGAAGAGUCUGAAGCUGAUCAGCGGAGACCUAAUGCAGGUUUGGAUCGAGUACGACGGCAUGGAUAUGCAGCUGGAUGUUACGAUAUCGCCAAUCGAUGCACCUAAACCUGCUUCUCCCCUUUUGUCUUCGAAGGUCGAUCUCUCGUCGGUCUUCCUUGAUGACAUGUAUGUAGGCUUUUCCGCAUCAACAGGGGCAGCUACAUCGCAUCAUUAUAUUCUGGGAUGGAGCUUUAGCCUGAACGGAGAUGCCCAGCCGCUUAAUCUCUCUAAGCUUCCAUCACUUCCUUACCAAGAGAGCGCCAAGAAGAAAUCUCAUCUUCUUCUAACUAUUGCACUGCCCUUAGCUGCAGCAGGCUUCUUGCUCAUCCCCAUAGCUGCGAUCUUCUUUGUUCUGAGGAGGAGGAGGAAGAAGUACGGAGAGAUACUUGAAGACUGGGAACACGAAUACGGACCUCAUAGGUUUUCAUAUAAGGAUCUCUUCAAAGCAACCAAAGGCUUCAAGGAAGAGAACCUCCUCGGAUUUGGUGGUUUCGGUCGGGUUUACAAAGGUGUGCUGCCCUCUUCGUCAACCCAAGUUGCAGUGAAGAAGAUAUCUCACGAAUCAUGGCAAGGGAUGAGGGAAUUUGUUGCUGAGAUCGCAAGCAUGGGCAGGCUGAGGCACCGCAACUUGGUGCAGCUACUUGGUUACUGUCGGCGCGAAGGGGAACUCCUAUUGGUAUACGAAUACAUGCCCAACAGCAGCCUCGACAACUUCCUCUUCCAAGGAAAGCAGCCGGCAUUGACUUGGAGCCAGAGGUUUCAAAUCAUCAAGGACGUGUCUUCCGGGCUCCACUAUCUCCAUGAAGGGUGGGAGCAAGUGGUGAUCCACAGAGACAUCAAAGCCAGCAAUGUCCUAAUUGACGCAGAAUUUAAUGGGAAGUUAGGGGACUUCGGACUGGCGAGAUUACACACUCGUGGGACUAAUCCUCAGACCACCCAUAUCGUCGGGACGCUGGGUUAUCUCGCGCCGGAGAUCAGCAAGACCGGCAAGGCGACAACGAGCUCCGACGUGUACGCCUUCGGUGCUUUCCUAUUGGAGGUUGCCUGUGGGAGGCGGCCUAUAGAAUGCCACCCGUCGGUGGAGGUGCCGGGCCUGGUGGAAUGGGUUCUAGGAUGCUGGAAGACGGGGACGAUUCUGGAGGCCAGGGAUCCAGUAUUGGGAGACGAGUAUGUGGUGAAGGAGAUGGAGCUGGUGCUGACGCUUGGCUUGCUCUGCUCGCACCCUGAUCCCAUGGCGAGACCGAGCAUGAGGCAAGUCGUGCAGUUCUUAGAAGGUGAUGCUCCCCUCCCUCCUAUGUCAGCGGAUGCUCUCAUCACCAGCACUUCGGCACAAGGAUAUGAUGAAUGCUUCGACGAUUUUGUGAUCUCAGAUCUAUCUACAACUGAUCGCACAGACAGAACAUUUUCAUCACCAUUUGUUCCUGGUGGUCGUUAAUAGUACAGUAGAUCUUGCUGUGUAACAAUAAAACUGUCUUCCUCUGUUUAGGCUGUUCGCUAAGCAUGCAAAGAUCCAUCUAUAUAUAUAGGUUUAAUAAUGUUCUGCAGAAAUACUUUGUCGACUGGCUGCUGUAUGUUUUACUUUUAACGCUGUGAAUUCAUCAGAUUAGAAAACUCAGAACUUGGUUGGAGUAAACCCACCUAGGAUCCGCCAUGGAUCGACUAUUA